GAGCCCCCGCCUUGUCUUGGGGGUGGGGGGUGGGUGGGAGAGAGCGCCCCUGUCUCUCCGCAGCCGAGAGAACGCGAGCCGAACGUUCGGUCUCAUGUGUGAUGCCGAAAGGCCGGCGGGCGGGGGCCCAGGCGAGUGUGCGAGCCCCCUCCACAGCGGCCGGAGCAGCUAGCCAGCGGACACGGACACGGACACGGACACGGACACGGACACGGACACGGACACGAUGUGUUUGUUACGCUCUUGCUACGCGGGAGUUUCCUUAUUCUUCGGUCGCGGCGCCUUCACCGGGCUCAGCACCUGAGGGUUCUGUGGUGAAAAUAAACUUGCUUUACCUUGACCUGGGAAAGCGCUCCGUCUGGCCAGAGAGAGUUGGCGCCAAAUAGUUAAAAUAUAUAUUGAAUGUUUCAGUUGAUGUUUCAAGGAGUUACUUUAAUGAGUUGAAGAAAGGGGAGAUUUCUUGGAAAGGCAACUCUUCACAAUAUGGUAGAAUGAACAUUGAAUUUGGGAUCUGAAGACUGGGAUGCCCUGAUGUUAACCAAGUUUAACUUGGUUUACUCACCUAUAAAAUGGGAUUCUUCCUGAAGUCCAUUAUUUCAACUUGUGAGCAGUUAUGAGUUCCCCAGGAGCUUCAACAACAGCUGCAAUGAAGCUAAAACAGAACAUCAAUCCUAUUCUUUUAUGUUUCAUAAACUUUGUAAUUUUGAUCUACACUGUUUUAACGUACAUUCCAUUUUACCUUAUGUGUGGAUCAAGACAAGCAAGAUCCAAUCAACUUAAAGCUAAGCCUGUCAAUAAACAGCCUGCUGCAGCAUACCGCUCUGUUAAUAGCUUGCAGGGUUUGGCUUCAGUGCUCUAUCCUGGAUGUGAUACGCUAGAUAAAGUUUUUAAGUAUGCAGAAAACAAAUUUAAGGACAAAAGGCUUCUGGGAACACGUGAAGUACUAAUUGAAGAAGAUGAAGUGCAACCUAACGGAAAAAUUUUUAAAAAGGUUAUUCUUGGAGAUUACAAUUGGAUGUCUUAUGAAGAAGUUUAUAUUCGAGCCUUUAACUUUGGAAAUGGUCUACGGGUAUUGGGACAGAGACCAAAAACUAACAUUGCCAUCUUCUGUGAAACCAGAGCAGAAUGGAUGAUUGCUGCACAAGCUUGUUUUAUGUAUAAUUUUCAACUUGUUACACUAUAUGCUACUCUAGGAGGUCCAGCAAUUGUUCAUGGAUUAAAUGAAACAGAGGUAACCAACAUCAUUACAAGUAAAGAACUUUUACAAACAAAAUUGAAGGAUAUUGUGUCUCUAGUUCCUCAGCUGCGCCACGUCAUAACUGUGGAUGGUAAGCCAACAACUUGGUCUGAAUUUCCCAAGGGUGUCAUUGUUCAUACGAUGGCAGCAGUACAGGCUUUGGGAGCAAAGUCAAACUCAGCAAAUGCACCUGAAAACAGGCCUACAGCCUCAGAUAUUGCUGUAAUCAUGUACACAAGUGGAUCUACAGGACUUCCAAAGGGAGUGAUGAUCUCUCAUUCGAAUAUUAUUGCUGGUAUAACUGGGAUGGCUGAAAGGAUUCCAGGACUGGGAGAAGAAGAUGUUUAUAUUGGAUAUUUGCCUCUUGCCCAUGUUCUAGAAUUAAGUGCUGAGCUUGUUUGUCUUUCUCAUGGAUGCCGCAUUGGCUAUUCAUCACCACAGACUUUAGCAGAUCAGUCAACAAAAAUUAAAAGAGGAAGCAAAGGAGAUACAUCCAUGUUGAGACCAACACUAAUGGCAGCUGUUCCGGAAAUCAUGGAUCGGAUCUACAAAAAUGUCAUGAAUAAAGUGAAUGAAAUGAGCAGUUUUCAACGCAAUCUAUUUAUUUUGGCUUAUAAUUACAAAAUGGAACAGCUUUCAAAAGGCUAUUGCACCCCACUUUGUGACAGGUUUGUUUUCCGGAAAGUACGAAGCCUGCUAGGUGGAAAUAUCCGAGUCCUGCUAUGUGGAGGUGCUCCACUUUCUGCAACAACUCAGCGAUUUAUGAAUAUCUGUUUCUGCUGUCCUGUUGGUCAGGGCUAUGGACUCACUGAAUCAGCUGGGGCUGGAACAAUCACUGAAGUUUGGGACUAUAAUACAGGCAGAGUUGGAGCACCAUUAGUUUGCUGUGAAAUCAAAUUAAAGAACUGGGAAGAAGGUGGAUACUUUAAUACAGAUAAACCACAUCCGAGAGGCGAGAUUCUCAUUGGUGGCCCAAAUGUGACAAUGGGCUACUACAAAAAUGAUGCGAAAACAAAUUCCGAUUUCUUCGAAGACGAGCAUGGGCAGAGGUGGCUCUGUACGGGAGAUAUUGGAGAAUUUGAUCCUGAUGGAUGUUUAAAGAUUAUUGAUCGUAAAAAGGACCUUGUAAAACUUCAGGCUGGAGAAUAUGUCUCUCUUGGAAAAGUUGAGGCAGCUUUAAAGAAUCUCCCAUUAAUAGAUAACAUCUGUGCAUAUGCAAACAGUUAUCAUUCUUAUGUCAUUGGAUUUGUUGUGCCAAAUCAGAAGGAACUAACAGAGUUAGCUCGACAAAAAGAACUGAGAGGGACUUGGGAGGAGAUCUGUAACAGUCCUGAAAUGGAAAAGGAGGUGCUGAAAGUGCUCUCUGAGGCUGCUGUUUCAGCAGGUCUGGAAAAGUUUGAAAUUCCAGUAAAAAUUCGUUUGAGCCCAGAUCCAUGGACUCCCGAAACCGGCCUGGUGACUGAUGCCUUCAAAUUAAAACGCAAAGAACUUAAAACACAUUAUCAAGAGGACAUUGAGCGAAUGUACGGAGGGAAAUGAUCAUUUUCUUUUUGCACCUGUUUGCUACAGUGAGCUCAGAUCAAAUAGGAAAAUACUUGAAUUGCAUGUCUCAGCCUUUGAGACAAACACCAUUCCUCAUUUUAAGCCUAAGCUGUUAUUUCUCAUGACAUCACCAUCUUUAACUGACAGGAUUAGUAAAAUUUUAAGACAGCAAACUUGUGUCUGUCUCUUCUUUUUUUUUUUCACCCCCAAUUUACUUCACUACCUAUGACUAUAUAUUUGUCAAUUCGUGUGUUUUCCUGAAUCAUAUUGGGGAAGCAAUGAUUUUAAAACCUCAGAUUUUUAAAAAUGAUUUAUAUAUCCUGUAUAAUGUUAAGUUUGUAACUUUUUAAAGUUUGGUUGUAUAGAGGGAUAACUAAGAAAUAUUAGAAAUGGUUACUUUGGGGGGCCUUUUUUACUUACAGUAUUUAAAAACAAAAAGGGUAUUGAUGUGAAAUUAUGUAAAUUUCAAAUACUUAUGAAUCAAAUCAUUGUUGAACAGAAGAUCUGAUUUGUUGUUGUGUAAUUAUUGUCUUGUAUGCAUUUGAGAGAAAUAAAUAUAUCCAGGCUUUUAUGAUUUAAGAGAUGAAACACCUUGUGAAUAUGUGCCUGACAGUUUCUUCUUUAAAUAUUUAAUUUUAAAAUGGAAAAUAAUGAAAUUUGGUCGUGGCACUGUAUGUGAUGAAGCAGUACUACAGGUCAUUCUUUAUUAAUUCAGAAGAUACUUAACAUAGCAAAUGUAAUGCCAGUUAGUAACUCUCCUCUAAUGGUUUUCCUUCAAAAUCUAUUCAGACAAUUUUAUACAAAUGUUAAAACUAGGAAGACACUGAAACUGUUAAAGGAAAACUACUCUAUAGGUUUGACAAGGUAUUUUUUAGAGGUGGGAGUUUAAAAAGCCAAACAUCUUUUGUCUGCAUCAGCCUUAAACACAUUCAAAUUUCUAUAUUUUGCUACAUGUGAAUCAUUGAAAACUGUCAUAUCUCCUAGCUGUAGUCCAUAUGGCUUAUUUCUUGUUUUUAAUUUAGGAUUAUUUUCUUGGAUAUAAAUUUGUACUAGGUUGUAUUUAUUUUACGUGAUAUGUUGGUUGGAUAUUUGACUUAAGUCCUUCUUGUAAAGAAGUGUUCAACUUUCCUUUUUUGCUAAUAAAUUAUAAAUGUUUUUAUCUUGAAAGUUGUGAAUAUGAUAUAUGAAUAAAAAUGGAGCCAUCUGGGAUUGAAAAAAGUGUUCUCAUCUAGGUUAUAUGAUAAUUUAGAAGAUAUUCUUCUUAUUAACCUUUAUAUAUGAGAGAAGUGUCAAGAUUUAAUUUGCAGAUUUUUCUGUAUCACGAGACACUCUUCUUGAAUCCUAAAAUGCUGUCUGUCUAAUAGAUAAGUUUUUUGAAAUGCUUUGGAUUUAUAAAACAUUACCUAAGAAAUUGGAGAAUAUGGUAUCAAAGUUGAUCACACAAAUUGAAAUGUACACAAAUCAAUGCUUUUUUAAUUUUUAGGCACUAUUUUCAGCAACACAUUACAUAAAAUAUUUUGUACCUAUUAACAUAGAAGUAAUUGCAUCUCGACUCCUUUAGGUAUAAAAAUAAAGGCAAAGAUAUUGGAUAUUUGGCCCUACAUAACUUGGGUAAGAUUUUUGAAUGUUGAGAGGACCUAAGACUAAAUGGAUGUUUGUUGCUUGGUUGGAAGGCUUUGGUUGCAUCACAAAGGUAUCACACUUGGAGAAAUAGAUAUUUCUUUUUUGGCUUCUUAUUAUCAUGUGUUUGCAUAUUUCUAUCUGCCAUAGAUGUUUUCUUGAUAAAGUUUAGAAUGAUUACCUAGAAGUGGGUUGUUUUUUUUUUUUAAGUGAGAAAAGAAUUAAAGGGAUGAAUACUCUUGAAGUGGAACAAGAAGGCCUUUCUACAUCAACAUUAAUAUAUGAAAUAGAAAGUCUUGGGAUUUUAGGGAAGUGGAGAUUGGAAACAUUUAAAUUACCAAGCUUAUUGCUUACAUUUAAUAUGGCACAAGGAUUAAGAAGAAUAAGAAAAUGUAGAUUUACAGGAAAUGGGAUAAAAAACAACUUAUAAAAAGAAACAUAGUUCACAUGCUAUUUAGAGCCAUGGUUUUUGUUUUUGUUUUUUUGACCCCAAGGAAUAAAAUUCCCACAAAGGGAGUAGUUUUCUAAUUUGGAAUUCUGUUGCAUUCUACCGUAUGCUUUCUUCCAGGAAGAAGGGUAGAGUUUAGGUUACAAAAGAUUCACCAGUUAGAUAAUCAAAUUAACAUGUGUUUCAGAACUGAAUUGAAAGUAUUUUUCUUUUUCCUUCCAGAAGCAGCUAAUGAGAUUUAGCUGACUUCAUUAUCUACCUAGUUUCUCAUUUGUUUAUGUGCUUAAAGUUGAAUUUGUUCAGUCCACCAAACCAGAGCCAGACACCUGUGACCCACAGUAAAACAAGAAUGUUGAGACUAAGUAAAUAGAACAACUUGUCAUUAGGAAAAUUAAAUAACUAUAAAAUGUUUUAUUGUGAGAGAUACUAAGUUAAUUUGGUGACAGGAUGGGUGGGAAAGGAAAGAAAUCAGUUAUAAACUGUUUCCUUAGCUUUGGCAUUGUUUCUGAAAAAAAAAUACAUGUUGAACUGUGUCACAAUGCAGAUAUUAGAAGACUUAUUCUUAAGAAAAUAGAGAGUUCUUCUGGAAUUAAUUGGGAAAAAUGAGAUGUCUGAAGAGUUCUCACAAGUUUAUUGAUGCAAUAAUCUCCACAAUUUACAGAAGAUAAGAUGCGCCCACCAAGGAAGCAUUCUUCUGUUAGUAAAAUAGUUUGCUGAAACAGAAAGCAGUGCAAAAUUGAAUCCGUGGCAUUAGGGGAUGUCAAUUCUCUAUGUAAUAAUCUUUUUGAAAUGUCGAUAACUGCUAUAAAAUCCCGUGGAGCUUGUCAGUUUUUCUAGCACCUGCCAGCAAGAAUAGGGUAGCCUGGCAUACAUUUUCGUAUUUGCUGCCGAAAUUCACAAGCGUAUAAACAUUUUUGUAUUUGAACUCUUAGAGACCUUGUGAUGCAACUUUUUUUUAAAGCUGUGAUGUGUGUUCAUUUUCUUGGGCCUGUAAAAAAAUUGUAUACAUCUGUGUUUUAUAUAAAGUGGUCCACUUUUAAACAGUGUACAUAUUGGACCAUGCUAAAAAUGUAACUGAAUGACCAGUUGUAUAUUGUAAUUGGUUAUUUAAUGUAAACUCAUUUUCAGUGUAUUCUUGGUUGUCGCUCUUACUUGCCUGAAAAAAGUGUAUAUCAAAGAGUUAUGUUGUAUGGAUUAUUUAUUUGUAAUUGGACAAGUUUCAAGAAUAAAGAAAUGUAAAAUAUGUUUCUCAAGUUAAA